UAAAGCCAAUUUUAAUUUAUAUGUAACAUUACGCAGGCGUUAGUGUGUGAUUUGGACUGUGUGUGGUUUUAGAAUAAACCGCCUGGAUAUCCAGACCAGCAAAUACAAACAAUGCAGAACCCUACGACGUCAAAUGAUGCGUGUUUAAGCAUUGUACAUAGUCUUAUGUGCCACCGGCAAGGCGGGGAGAGUGAAUCUUUUGCGAAGCGAGCAAUCGAAAGUUUGGUGAAAAAAUUAAAAGAGAAAAAAGACGAAUUAGAAAGUUUAAUAACCGCCAUUACAACUAGUGGUGCCCACCCUUCUAAAUGUGUUACUAUACAAAGAACCCUGGAUGGAAGGCUGCAGGUAGCCGGUCGCAAAGGUUUCCCCCAUGUUAUAUAUGCCCGUUUAUGGCGAUGGCCAGAUCUUCACAAAAACGAGCUUAAACACCUAAAAGUCUGCAAAUUCGCGUUUGAUUUGAAAUGCGACUCGGUGUGUAUUAACCCCUACCACUAUGAUAGAGUGGUCUCGCCAGGAAUUGAUUUAUCUGGACUCACUUUACAGCAUACACCUGCUGCAGCUCCCUUGGUAUCCAACGAUUACCAAGAUUUAAAGAUAACUGACGUGCAAGGGAACUGGAUGAACCAGGGCAAGGCUGAAGCUAUGCCAUUGGGACCUGUACAACAUCAAGCCUCAGAAGAAUACACUAGUACCUCUAAAGCAGGUACCUCGAAUGGCAUUAGCAAUGGCCCUGUCUCUGGUACGAUGCAAUAUACUCCUGGAGCUUCCAGUUUUUCUACACCUAGCUCAAGCGCGCCAGUGAACCCUAAUCAAGCUAUUGGCAGUGCCUCGCAACAGCUUAUACAAUACAAUCAACACAUGAGUUGGCAAGCUGGCAGCACUGCGAAAUACACACCAGAAAUGAGCACGCCCAUGACUGCACCUUAUUAUUCACCAAAUGAUGUUCCUUACCUACCAGUAUCCACACAUCCAGGCCCCGAGUUCUGGUGUUCAAUCACUGCAUAUGAGAUGGACGUCCAAGUUGGUGAGACAUUUAAAGUUCCAUCUUCGUGUCCAGCUGUUACUGUGGAUGGUUAUGUUGACCCUUCUGGUGGCAACAGAUUUUGUCUUGGUCAGCUAUCAAACGUACAUAGAACUGAAGCAUCAGAAAAAGCAAGGUUACACAUCGGCAAAGGUGUCCAGCUAGUGUGCCAUGGAGAGGGGGACGUUUGGGUGAAGUGUUUAAGUGAUCAUGCAGUAUUUGUACAAAGCUACUACCUUGAUAGGGAAGCAGGCAGGUCACCAGGGGAUGCAGUUCAUAAAAUCUACCCAAAUGCUUAUAUAAAGGUUUUUGAUUUGCGGCAGUGCCAUAGACAGAUGCAGCAACAAGCUAACACAGCUUCAGCAGCAGCAAACGCACAAGCUGCUGCUGUAUCAGGGAAUAUACCUGGACCUGGUUCUGUAGGUGGAAUAGCCCCUGCUAUAGGUCUGCCAGGUUUAUCAGCAGCUGCAGGCAUAGGAGUGGAUGAUCUCCGUAGACUUUGUAUUCUUAGAAUGAGUUUUGUAAAAGGCUGGGGGCCUGACUACCCUCGACAAGAUAUAAAACAAACGCCUUGUUGGAUAGAAAUACAACUGCAUAGAGCCCUCCAAUUACUUGAUGAAGUUUUACACACAAUGCCAAUAGGGGAACCUCAUUCUCAUGACUGAUGAUAUACAGCUAAGUGUAAACAUAUAUAGAUCAUUGCCUUCAAAAUAUGUAUGUUAGUAACAACAUAACAAUACUAAACUGUUCCUCAUUUUGUCCAAGUGAAAAUCUUGUUUCAAUUAUUGGUUGAGUGUUUUAUAUGAAUUUUUUUUGAAUAUUUAAUAACUUUUCAAGUUUCUAUGCUGUAACAAUUUGGGUUAUAUCACAUUAUAAACUGUAUUUGCAAAAGCCUAUUUUUUUAGGUAUGAAUUUUUAUUUAAAAAGGGUUAGUUGAAUUUUAACCAAAAAAAAAACAGUUAACAUCUCUUUUUUGUCACAACUCACAAGAGCCUUUUUCUUUUUGAUCAUGUGACUUCUCUUCUAUUUUGUUCAGUGUUUUGCACUACUAAUUGAAUGUGGUCUCUCUUAUUUUUUAACUUUUUUCGUUAAUGAGUACAACUUAAUACAACUACACUCUUUCAUUUCUGUAUCUAAAUACCCAUUUUUCCAUGUCGGACCAACCAUUUGAACUGUAUAAGCAUGUAACAUUAAAUUAGUAUUUUACUACUAAUACACUAUUAGCAUAGGCGUCGUGCUUUUGAAUUUUUAACAAAACAGGGGUUGCCAUUUUUUUCCAAAUGCAGUUGGGUUCAUAGCGAAAAACAUAGGGAACUUCAUUGAUUAAUGUGUCAAAUGCAAUAUACUUUGUCUAUGUUUGUUUGUAUAGACACAUAACAGCAAGGUAAAAUGUAUAUUAAAAUAUAAAAAAAUGGGUUAUAAAACACAUUAUAUUACAUCUGUUUUAAAACUUGGAGUGACAUGCCACCCCAGGCACCCCUAAAGUGGCGUCUAUGACUACUAGUAGCAAAUCACCUUUAGCCUAAACUGAACAAAUACAUUUUUGAGUAAAAAUCGUUACUUUUAAUAAUCUGUCCUAAAAUUGUAAAAUGUUUGGCUAUGGGUUGUUAUUUGCCUUUCAUACAGCAUUAUAUUAGCAUAUGAUGUGUAUUUAAAUCGUGUGCCAUCAUUUUAUGAACUAUAACGUUACCAUUGCCACUACAGCAUGCCAAUUACGUUACAUACUAUAGUACCAGUGCGGAACUUUGUUUUAUUGUACAUACCGUAUUUACCGCUUGCAGUAUGCUACCCCAUGAGUUUACUUUUUCUUUUUUCCUUAUAUCUCUCUUUUAAGAAGAUAAAAAUGGAAAAAGCCAAAAAUCGCCCUUUAAACCUGUGGCUUUCUACCCAAUGAGUUUACUUUUUUUCUUUUUUCCUAACCUCUCUUUUAAGAAGAGAAAUGAAAAAAAAAGCAUAUCACCUUUUGAACUUGGGGUCCCAAUAUUUUUACUCCAGUAUUAAACGCACUGCCUUGUAACUCAAAACUAAUUUGACCCUAGUUUUUGCCAGUUCUUUUUCAAUACAAAUGCGGUUGUGUAUUUCAGUCUUGUUAAACACUCACUAUGUAUUUUGAAAGUCGGACCUUAUAUUUUAUGCACGCAUGAAAUUCUCGUUUUGAAAAUUAAACCCCACCCUGAACAAA